CAGCCGGAAGUCCUUCGUUGAAGAUGGAUGUAUUGCGGAAGGGCCUGUAGCAGGGGUCCUAGUGGAUCCCAGUCCGCCUUGUCCUCCAGCUGGUUCUGACCACAAGCCCAACCCAUUUUGAGGAGAGGCAGCGGCGGCGACUCUCAUCACCGCCAUGCACGACGCUUUCGAGCCGGUGCCGAUCCUAGAGAAGCUGCCUCUGCAGAUCGACUGCCUGGCUGCCUGGGAAGAAUGGCUUCUUGUUGGAACCAAACAAGGACAUCUUCUUCUCUACAGGAUUCGGAAGGACGUUGUGCCAGCAGAUAUAGCAUCACCUGAAAGCAGCAGCUGCAACAGAUUUGAAGUAACUCUAGAGAAAUCCAAUAAGAACUUCUCCAAAAAGAUUCAGCAGAUCCAUGUGGUUUCCCAGUUUAAGAUUCUGGUCAGCUUGUUAGAAAACAACAUAUAUGUCCAUGAUCUGUUAACAUUUCAACAAAUCACUACAGUCUCAAAGGCAAAGGGAGCAUCGCUGUUCACCUGUGACCUCCACCACACAGAGACUGGCGAGGAGGAGUUGCGGAUGUGUGUGGCAGUAAAGAAGAAACUGCAGCUCUAUUUCUGGAAGGACAGGGAAUUUCAUGAAUUACAGGGGGACUUCAGUGUAUCAGAUAUGCCCAAGUCUAUGGCCUGGUGUGAAAAUUCUAUCUGUGUGGGUUUCAAGAGAGACUACUACCUAAUAAGGGUGGAUGGAAAGGGGUCUAUCAAAGAGCUCUUUCCAACAGGAAAACAGCUGGAGCCUUUAGUUGCACCUCUGGCAGAUGGAAAAGUGGCUGUGGGUCAGGAUGAUCUCACCGUGGUGCUCAAUGAAGAGGGGAUCUGCACCCAGAAAUGUGCCCUGAACUGGACAGACAUCCCGGUGGCCAUGGAGCACCAGCCGCCCUACAUCAUUGCGGUGUUGCCUCGAUACGUGGAGAUUCGAACAUUUGAGCCGAGGCUUCUGGUCCAGAGCAUUGAGCUGCAGAGGCCUCGUUUCAUUACCUCAGGGGGAUCAAAUAUUAUCUAUGUGGCCAGCAAUCAUUUUGUUUGGAGACUCAUUCCUGUCCCCAUGGCGACUCAGAUCCAACAGCUUCUGCAGGAUAAACAGUUUGAAUUGGCGCUGCAACUCGCAGAAAUGAAAGAUGAUUCUGACAGUGAAAAGCAGCAACAAAUCCAUCACAUCAAGAACUUGUAUGCCUUCAACCUCUUCUGCCAGAAGCGCUUUGAUGAGUCCAUGCAGGUCUUUGCUAAGCUUGGCACAGAUCCCACCCAUGUGAUGGGCCUGUACCCCGACCUGCUGCCCACAGACUACAGGAAGCAGUUGCAGUACCCUAACCCAUUGCCUGUGCUCUCAGGGGCUGAGCUGGAGAAGGCUCACCUAGCGCUCAUCGACUACCUGACGCAGAAACGAAGUCAGCUGGUGAAGAAGCUGAACGACUCUGACCACCAGUCCAGCACUUCCCCACUCAUGGAAGGCACACCCACCAUCAAGUCCAAGAAGAAGCUGCUGCAGAUCAUUGAUACCACCCUUCUCAAGUGCUACCUCCAUACGAACGUGGCCCUGGUGGCCCCCUUGCUGCGCCUGGAGAACAAUCAUUGCCACAUCGAGGAGAGCGAGCACGUGCUAAAGAAGGCUCACAAGUACAGCGAACUGAUAAUCCUGUAUGAAAAGAAGGGGCUCCACGAGAAAGCUCUGCAGGUGCUAGUGGACCAGUCCAAGAAAGCAAACUCCCCUCUGAAGGGCCAUGAGAGGACAGUGCAGUACCUGCAGCACCUGGGCACAGAAAAUCUGCAUUUGAUAUUUUCCUACUCAGUGUGGGUGCUGAGAGACUUCCCGGAAGAUGGCCUGAAGAUAUUUACAGAAGAUCUUCCGGAGGUGGAGGCUCUGCCCCGAGAUCGAGUGCUUGGCUUCUUAAUAGAGAAUUUUAGGAGUCUGGCUGUUCCUUACCUGGAGCACAUCAUCCACGUCUGGGAAGAGACAGGCUCUUGCUUCCACAACCGCCUGAUUCAGCUGUACUGCGAGAAGGUGCAAGGGCUGAUGAAGGAGUACCUCCUGUCCUGCCCUGCAGGCAAAGCUCCAGUUCCUGCUGGAGAGGAACAGGGAGAGCUGGGAGAAUACCGGCAAAAGCUGCUCAUGUUCUUGGAGAUUUCCAGCUACUAUGACCCAGGACGGCUCAUCUGUGAUUUUCCUUUUGAUGGCCUCUUGGAAGAGCGAGCUCUCCUGUUGGGGCGCAUGGGGAAGCAUGAGCAAGCUCUUUUCAUCUAUGUCCACGUCUUGAAGGACACAAGGAUGGCGGAGGAGUACUGCCAUAAACAUUAUGACCAAAGCAAAGACGGCAACAAAGAUGUGUAUCUGUCGCUGCUUCGGAUGUACUUGUCACCCCCCAGUAUUCACUGCCUUGGGCCAAUGAAGUUGGAGCUGUUGGAACCACAAGCCAACCUCCAGGCUGCCUUGCAGGUCCUUGAGCUACACCAUAGCAAGCUGGACACUACCAAGGCCAUCAACCUUCUGCCAGCAAACACUCAGAUCAACGACAUCCGCAUCUUUCUGGAAAGGGUGUUAGAAGAAAAUGCACAAAAGAAACGGUUCAAUCAAGUGCUCAAGAACCUCCUCCAUGCUGAGUUCCUGAGGGUGCAAGAAGAGCGGAUUCUGCACCAGCAGGUGAAGUGCAUCAUCACGGAGGAGAAGGUGUGCAUGGUGUGCAAGAAGAAGAUCGGGAACAGCGCAUUCGCAAGAUACCCCAAUGGAGUGGUCGUGCACUACUUCUGUUCCAAAGAGGUAAACACGGCCGACACCUGAGCCCAGCACCUGAGAAUGCAGCAGUGGACAGCAUGGCUCUUCGAGAAAGGUGAAGGAACAGCCGGGCUGAGAAUCGGGGUCUGCCAUCACCAGGUGUCACCCCGUUUUGACACUGCUGGCUGCCUUGCACCCUGGAACAUGUCUGACUAAUUAGACUCACGGUCUGGCCUUGCCAGCUUUUUAAUAGAAAAAGAGAUUAGUUGUACCUUACACCAUUGAGUUGUGGGCAGUUCCAGAGAAUCCAUACCCGCUUGGACAGGAGACCACCGUCUUGCCUUCGCAUACCAAUCACCUGGGAAAGGAGACUCCUCCCAAAGACUGUGCCACCGAGUUCACUGAGAGUUUGUUGUUAAAAGAGAGUGCAGCCGGGUGUGGUGGUGUACGCCUGUAAUUCCAGCACUCGGGAGGCUGAGGCAGGGAGAUCGUUGCAGCCUGGGCU